AGUUCCUUUUAUGUAAGACAUCAAUACGUGUAAGAAUAUGGCUGGAGUAAAAUCUGCUAAAAGUGCUUUACGUAAAGAAAUGAAAGAUAUCAUUUUACAACUUAGUACUGAAGAAAAACAAAGACAAUCAAGGAUAGUAUUUAAAAAGCUAUGUUCUUUACCACAGUUUCAAGAAAGUAAAAGAAUUUCUUUGUAUCUAAGUACAAAAGAUGAAAUUGAUACAAUUCAAAUGUUAAAAUAUAUAUUUGACAAAAAAAAGGAAGUGUUUGUUCCUAGAUAUAAAGGAAAAGAAAUGGAAAUGAUUAAACUACUUUCAAUGCAAGAUUAUGAAACACUACCAUUAACCAAGUGGAAUAUUAAACAACCAAAUGUUAAUGAACUUAGAGAAAAUGCAUUAGAAACUGGUGGCUUAGAUUUAAUAAUUUUACCAGGUGUUGCAUUUACUGCCAAUGGAAAACGCUUGGGACAUGGGAUGGGUUAUUAUGACAAAUUUUUGGAUUUAUGUAUAAAAACACAACAAAAAAGACCACAUUUAAUUGCAGUGGCAUUUAAUGAACAAUUAUGGGAAGAUAUUCCUACAUCUGAAAAUGAUGUGAUUUUGGAUCUUGUACUUACAGAAAAAUAAUUUAUUAUGAAAAAAAUUUGUUUUUUAUUAAUGGUUUUAACUUAAAUAUAUUUUUAAUAAAUAAUUUUUAAUAAAUAAUUUAAAUAUAAAAAUACAUUAAUUAAUAUAACUUGUGUAUGAUGAAAUUUACAAAUAAAUGAAUACAAAAAAAUGAAUAACUUACCACUGAUAGACCUUUCUUCAAUAUCAACAUAAGUUACUUCAAAUUGCUGCUCUGAGGCAAUUUCUUGCAAAAACUGUACCAAAUUUACAUCCCCAUCAUUCAAACAUGUAUUCUAUAACAAAAAGAAAUAAUGCAAUAAAUUUAAAAAAGUUAAAA